UUUCAGAUUUGGAAGCAAAAAUGUCCCACACAGUUUUACCCGUGAACUCUUCAACACUCAUCAUCCAGAUUCAACCACCAACACAAACAACACCAGCUGGGACUGUGACAGAUGGUCCUGUGCCUGUUUAUGUCCAAUGGGUAGAAGGAGUUUCUCCUAAUGGACUUCAGGCAUUUCUGAAAAGCCAACCAAAAACCCUUGGGACUGUCCAGGUAAUGAUUGGUCUGCUGACUUUCAUCCUUGGGAUCGUGUCUACAGUUCAUGCGGAUUCCAUGAUUGUCUUUAGUGGUAUUCCUUACUGGGGAUCACUUAUCUACAUUAUUGCAGGUUCACUCUGCAUUGCUGCCGAAAACAAACUUAAUUCACCCUCCGGUUUGUGUUUGGUGAGAGGUUCACUUGGUAUGAACAUUUUCAGUGCUUUAACUGCAGGCAUUGCAGUUGUUAUAAUUUCAUUUGAUUUGAUUAUUGGACCAAUGUACUACAGUUACUGUGAUGGAUAUGAGUGUUUUGAUUAUGAGAAAAGGUAUACGACCCUCUUCUCGGGAAUCGGUAGUGUUUGGCUGAUAUUUGCCUUGCUUGAGUUUAUCAUCUCCAUCUAUCUAUCAUCUUUUGCCUGUAAAGCCACUUCCUGCUGUUAUCCACAGGUUCCGUAUGUUGCACAAGGUUUACCUCCACUGCCCUGUGAUUUUAGGCCCUGUCAUUAACAUAAACCUAAGAGCCCAAAGAUAUCUGUGAUCAGCAACCCUUCCAUGAAUCACCAACCUGCAGAAAUUCCUCCACAAUACAGUGAAAUAUAAAUAAAUAUGAAUAGUAAAAAGGGGUCAGUGACGUGAUCUUGCAGUUGUGUGUGCUGCUUUUGUGGGACAAAAGGCUCCCUGUCCCUUACUACUAAUGUACUGUCAUUAGAAAAGAGAAGAAGCACAGAAGAAAUCACUUGAUCAGAUUACAGAUUUUACAUAUUUUUUUAAGUCACAUAUGUGUAAAUUAUAACUAUUCAAGACACUAAUAGAUACUAUUUCCUGGUUUUCUUUCUUUAGUUAAGUCAAAGUUGCCCUAUCAUCAGUGAAACUGGAUAGAUUGUUUUGAACAAGUAAUAGACAAUACUGUAAUACUGUAGGAAUAAAAUAUACUGAAUAAAAAUGGCUUAUUCUUGUCUUUAACCUUUAUUUAACCAUGCAAGUCACUUGAAUUAAUGAAUUCUUAUUUACGACAAUGGCCUGGAAGGAGAAUAUCAACCUCCUUGAGGACAUACAGAUUAAAACUUCAUUAAAACAGGAAAAUGUUUCUUAAACAUGGGUGAUGAACUGUGCCAUUAAAAUAGCCUUCUUUUUUGCUUUAAACAUAGUAAACAUAUACAACUAUAGAUAUGAAAAGAGUUUAAACAGGGAUUAUGUAAGAGCUAAGUUAGUAUAAUUUUAUUGUUUCAGCCAUGUCUUUAACCCAAAGUUAAAUUCUGAGAACUACUUACACUAUGAGG